AUGCAGCUCCUCUUCAGAGACCCGGUCAGCUUCCAUGACCAAGGGCCUGCGAGCCCCCUUUCGGACACAGAAGCCUACUACCAGUCAGCAAUGGACGUGGUCGCGACAAUCUUCCACGACAUAUUUACCGUUUUCGUUAUCCGGACAUACAUGGAGAAGUUCCCCAACCCCCAGCAUCAAACCAUGUAUCGAAGCCUCCAUAGCCUAGCACUAACACUUGUGGAUAGUCUCGUCGCAUGGAAGCUAGAACCAACCAGCGAUGACCCCAUGCAGGACCCACGACUGAAGCAUGCCGAGGGUUUUGUGGACACUCUGGGCUGGAAGAUGUUCGCAAUUUGCGCCUGGUCAGAUGGGUUCAGCCGAGCCUGCUAUACCGAAACCAACCCUCUAUUCUGGGAAGCCCUGAUCGACAUCAUCCAGGAGAAGUACGCGUGCAUCGAAGUCUUCGCCCGCACGCGCGAUCUCGACUGGCGCGGAAUUAUCCUCCAGCACACCCACUCGGGAAUUGCCGAGCUCACCCACGCGCUGCGUCCGCACCCGCGACUCUCAGACCAGCAUAUCCACCAGAUUGUGCGGAUGCUGGACGGCUCUCUGCAGCGGCCAUCAUUGAAUGGCUGUCCCCAGAUCAACGUACCGCACUGCAUCAUCGACCCGGCGGAAUUCCCCGACGGAGACCCGACUCUCCGGCGGCCCGGAGAGGCACCAUGCGACCUGUGUCGAUCGAUGGAGUUCUGCGAUUGUAGGCUCAGCCCGUACGCCGUGGGCGGUCUCCUCGAACUCAUGGAGUAUCCGAAUAAGGGGGUGGGAGUGCGGUCAUUGGGAAACUUCAAACAGGGAGACAUUCUCGGUGAGUAUGUCGGGGAGAUCCAUGACCCUGAGUAUGAGGGGGAUGGUAUCUAUUCGCUGAUGCAACAGGUCAAGGGUCAGCCGCAUACGGAUAUUGCUCUCAUCUCCCCCAAGCAGUAUGGGAACUGGACCCGGUUCAUGAACCAUUCGUGUAAUCCGAACACGGCCUUUCGACCGCGGAAUAUUGGAUGGCGGCGCUGCAUGCUAGUUGAAGCGAAGCGCGAUAUUGGCCUGUUUGAGGAACUCACUGUCGACUAUGGCGCGAGCUAUUGGGGUGAUCGACUAUGA